GGCGCGCGCUGCCUGCCGGGAUACUCGGCUCGCCCCGUCAGUCCUCCCGGCUCGGGCCCCGCGGUCGCGCGAUCCGCCUUGUUCCCAAGAUGGUGGCGCUGGGCUCCCGGGCGACGGCGGGAGGCGGCCGAGCCUGAGUGCCCCCUCCCACCCUCCCUCCCUUCCGCUCACCGCCCCUCAGCUCCCCUCCUCUGGGCCGGAAGCUCGCCACGCCGCCCUCCUCGGCCUCGCGCCCCCCGCCGCCCCCGCGCGUGCGUCACCUCUGCCGACCCGGCGUGCGCUCACGGCCGCGGGCGGCGGCGCCUCCCUCGGCUCCUCCUCGGGGCCGCGCUCGUAGCAGCUCGCAGCCCAGCCGCGCCAGGCGGGCCCCGCAGCCCCCGGUGUGGACAGGCAGCGUCGGAAGCGGGCGGCUGGCCCCCGGCUCGGGCUGUGGUGCGGCCUCGGCGUCCGCGUCCCCGGCCUCGGUCUCCGGUGAGCGAAGCGCGGGUCCCGCAUGAGCGCGGGCGGCGGCGGCGGCGGCGGCGGCAGCGACCGGGCAGCGAGGCGGCGGCGGCCGGAGGCGGCGGGCGAGGGCGACCACGACCAGCGAGGCGGCCGCAGCGGCGAGAGGGCCGCAGCCCCGGCGCGGGGGCGACCACAGGUUAAAACGCUGUAAGAUCCUGAUUUUAGAAUCCACCAGCUCCUCAGAAGUUUGGCGAAAUAUGAGUUAUUAAAUCUACGCUCAGACCAAGUUAGCAGCUAGACUGGUGUGACAGCCUGUUUUUAAUCAGUGACUCAAAGCUGUGAUCCCCUGAUGUCGACGAAUGGCCACAGCUUGUAAAAGUGCCAGCAGGUUUGUUUUUGUUUUGCAAGCCUGCCCUGCCUCCUUACAGUAUGACACCCGAUGCUGGAGGGUCGCACUUUCAAAAAUGAGUCAGCUGGCACAUGGGGUUAUCAUCAGUUUUUAGCUCUUCUGUCUGAGAGAUACCAGUUUGGAAGCAAUCUUGGGGUACUUACCCACAAGGCUGGUGGAGACCAGAUCGCCAGGAGAAGCGCAGUCUGACGACACUGAAGCCAGCCGAAUGAAGCGAGCAGCUGCAAAGCACCUAAUAGAACGCUACUACCACCAGCUAACCGAGGGCUGUGGGAAUGAGGCCUGCACGAAUGAGUGCUGCGCGUCCUGCCCCUCCUUCCUGCGCAUGGACAACAAUGCGGCCGCGAUCAAGGCCCUCGAGCUCUACAAGGUUAACGCGAAACUCUGUGACCCUCAUCCCUCCAAGAAAGGGGCGAGCUCCGCGUACCUGGAGAACGCGAAAGGCGCCGCCAACUCCUGCUCUGACGUGAAGAUGAACAAGAAGGACGGACUAGCAGCCAGAAAUGACUUCAAAGAUGUGACUUACCUAACAGAAGAAAUAGUCUAUGAAAUUCUUGAAUUAUGUAGAGAGAGAGAGGAUUACUCCCCUCUAAUCCGUGUGAUCGGGAGAGUGUUUUCCAGCGCGGAGGCCCUGGUGCAGAGCUUCCGGAAAGCCAAGCAGCACACCAAGGAGGAGCUGAAGUCCCUUCAAGCCAAGGACGAAGACAAAGAUGAAGACGAGAAGGAGAAGGCCACGGGCUCUGCCGUGGUCGCCGCCGUGGCCGCGGCGAUGGAAGAGGAUUCUGAGGCCUCUUCCUCCAGAACGAGCGGCGGCUCCCAAGGCGGCGGCUCCCAGAAGCUGGGCCCCGAGGACGUGUCUGUGGACGUCGAGGCCAUUCGGAGGGUCUACAGCAGGUUGCUCUCGAAUGAAAAGGUAGAGACUGCCUUCCUCAACGCCCUUGUGUACUUGUCACCUAACGUGGAAUGCGACUUGACCUAUCACAACGUGUACUCCCGCGAUGCCAAUUACCUGAACUUGUUCAUCAUUGUGAUGGAGAAUAGGAAUCUCCACAGCCCUGAGUACCUGGAAAUGGCGUUGCCGUUAUUUUGCAAAGCCAUGAGCAAGCUGCCCCUGGCAGCCCAGGGGAAGCUGGUGAGGCUGUGGUCUCAGUACAGCGCCGAGCAGAUCCGGAGGAUGAUGGAGACCUUCCAGCAGCUCAUCACGUACAAGGUCAUCAGCAACGAGUUCAACAACCGGAACCUGGGGAGCGAGAGGAACCUCGUGAAUGACGACGACGCCAUUGUUGCUGCCUCCAAGUGCUUGAAGAUGGUGUACUAUGCAAACGUGGUGGGAGGGGACGUGGACACCAACCACAACGAGGAAGACGACGACGAGCCCCUCCCGGAGUCCAGCGAGCUGACCCUCCAGGAGCUCCUGGGGGAGGAGAGAAGAAACAAGAAGGGCCCCCGGGUGGACCCCCUGGAGACCGAGCUCGGCGUGAAGACCCUGGACUGUCGGAAACCACUCAUCCCUUUCGAAGAGUUCAUCAACGAGCCACUGAACGAUGUUCUGGAAAUGGACAAAGACUAUACUUUCUUCAAAGUAGAAACGGAGAACAAGUUCUCCUUUAUGACCUGCCCCUUCAUAUUGAAUGCCGUCACCAAGAACUUGGGCCUGUAUUAUGACAACAGGAUCCGCAUGUACAGCGAGCGGAGGAUCACUGUUCUGUACAGCCUAGUGCAGGGGCAGCAGCUGAACCCGUACCUGAGACUCAAAGUCAGGCGCGACCAUAUCAUAGACGAUGCGCUUGUCCGGCUAGAGAUGAUCGCGAUGGAGAACCCUGCUGACUUGAAGAAACAGUUGUAUGUGGAGUUCGAAGGAGAACAAGGAGUUGACGAGGGAGGGGUUUCCAAAGAAUUCUUCCAGCUGGUUGUGGAGGAGAUCUUCAACCCCGACAUCGGCAUGUUCACCUACGAUGAAAACACAAAGCUGUUCUGGUUCAAUCCGUCCUCGUUUGAAACGGAGGGCCAGUUCACGCUGAUCGGCAUCGUGCUGGGCCUGGCCAUCUACAACAACUGCAUCCUGGACGUGCACUUCCCCAUGGUGGUCUACAGGAAGCUCAUGGGCAAGAAGGGCACCUUCCGGGACCUGGGCGACUCCCACCCGGUUCUGUUUCAGAGCUUGAAGGAUCUGUUGGAGUAUGAGGGGAGCGUGGAAGACGACAUGAUGAUCACUUUCCAGAUAUCGCAGACGGAUCUGUUUGGUAACCCCAUGAUGUACGACCUGAAGGAAAAUGGUGACAAAAUCCCAAUUACAAACGAAAACCGGAAGGAAUUUGUCAAUCUCUAUUCUGACUACAUUCUCAAUAAAUCAGUAGAAAAACAGUUCAAGGCUUUUCGAAGAGGUUUUCAUAUGGUGACCAAUGAAUCUCCCCUAAAGUACUUGUUCCGACCGGAGGAAAUCGAGCUGCUCAUCUGCGGAAGCCGGAAUCUAGAUUUCCAGGCGCUGGAAGAAACCACAGAAUAUGACGGUGGCUAUUCCAGGGACUCGGUUCUGAUUAGGGAGUUCUGGGACAUCGUGCACGCGUUCACCGAGGAGCAGAAGCGGCUCUUCCUGCAGUUCACCACGGGCACCGACCGGGCGCCGGUGGGCGGGCUCGGCAAGCUGAAGAUGAUCAUCGCCAAGAACGGCCCCGACACAGAACGGUUACCUACAUCUCACACCUGCUUUAAUGUCCUUUUACUUCCGGAAUACUCAAGCAAAGAGAAGCUGAAAGAGCGACUGCUGAAGGCCAUCACUUACGCCAAAGGCUUCGGCAUGCUGUGAGCGCGAGCAGUGGGAGGAGAGUGUGCAGUUCUGAGUCCGCGCGUGUAAGUGGUGGUAGUGUCCGUGCAGCGGCUGUGAGCUAGUGGUGAGCGGUAGUCCCCCGUCCGUGCUCCCUUCCUCGGACCUGAGGCUGGGACAGCAGGUUUCAGCUCCUUCUGUGAACAAAUCCUUUAUUAUUUUUCUGCGUGAAAGUGUUACUUACCCUUUCACUUGUAUGUACAGAGAGGUUUUUCUGAAUAUUUAUUUUAACGGUUAAAUCACUUUUGCUUGUGUUUAUUACUGCUUGAGGUUGAGCCUUUUGAGUAUUGAGAAAACAUAUACCACCAACUGCUCCCCUAGGGACGCACCACCACCUGUAGACCAUGUGACCUUCAAGUAAGUAUGGCUCUUCUGCGUCCCUGUAUCUAACUCCAAUCAGGAACUGUAUUCUUUUUUUAAACAAUUUGCUUUUGAAACUUGAAGUCUUGAAAACAGUGUGAUGCAUUCGCUGCUGUUCUAGUCCCCAAAGAGCUUUCUGUGCAAAAUCUUGAAUCAAUAAAGAUGGAAGGGAGCCCUCGGAAUGCCCCUGAGCCCUCGGAACUCUCCUUGCGCCCCGCGCCCUGUGCCAGCGCGCCCCGCCCGCCCCCCGCCCCGCCCCCAGCCAGUGCUCGCUCCGCGCGGGCGCAGGCCAGGGCUGCUUUGUUCUCGUGGUUGUGGUCCCUUACGUUCACUGGGGAAAGAAAGUGCAUUUGGGCCAAAAGAAAUGGUGCGUGCAGCCUGUUGCAAGCAAGUCGGGAAGUGUGCUGUCUGACACUCGGCGUGUGGACGUGCACUUACGAUCCCUGUGACGGCUGCUUACCCGCAUCUCCGUAGACAAUCCGGUCUCCCCUGGUGUUGGCUUCACCGUGUCUGCUCGGCCCGUCGGGCACGUGCUCAGUGCUGCACCCGAGGGACAGCACGGCCGCGGCCCCGCCCCUGCGCCACAGCGAGCAGGCCUGCAGGUGAGGGAACGCUCCCCGGUCCUCUACCCUGUGUGUCCCCGAGACGAAGUGUUAGUGCUCCUCCCUGCGCUGUGGCAAGUACAGAUAGGCUUAAGUUACUGGGCUCUCUAGUCUGUGUCUAUGAUGUUCGUUUCUUUCGCUGCAACAUCAAACGCAAGGAUUUUUAACAGAGAGACACACGCUGUGUCCUUCGGCUGCAGCGGCUGUGCUCAGCCUGUGCCUGGAUUGUCUUAAUCACGACAGACCGACCUGUGCUGUGUCUGCCGUGGGCGGGGAAGCACGGCUUUCAAGUCAUUGGAGGGAAAAGGGACGUCGUUGGGAACUAUUUUAACUCGUAGUCGUUGGUGUAGCGUGUCCUGUGCCAUCAUGCUCCGCAAACAGCAUUUCACCACCACUCACUGCAGGAGGACAGUGCUUUCCCUGCCGCGAGGGGGUGCAGGCCCGGGCGCCUGCGGCGAGGAGAGGGCUGGGCGCUGUCUGUGAUGAACCCGUGACGAAACCUGUGCCCUUCGGUUCGCGCUUGCUGUGAUGACAUCUGUAUGACGUUUGUGAAUGUGAUUGCGUCUAGGUUGUCAGCUAUAGAAUAGACUUUUAACAAACAGUGGAAAAUAAAUGACCCUGAAAAAUA